UCCUCCGAGCUCCCAACGCGGCCAUCUUUAUUUAACUCAUUCAUGAAAAGUUUUUGUAAGACACUGGAACAUUGUUGCAUUUGGCUACGCAUCUAACGAACCACGGGACACAUUUAAAUUGUUUUUGUAUCCACGUGCUCCAGCGUGUGCUACAUCGUAGCGUAUUUCUGUCACAGCCGAAGUUGGACUGAAAGCGUUAGAAUGAGAAAAAAGCAGAAUGUGAAACAGAGAAAGGCAGAACCAAUAAUAACACCAACACCAUUAACAACAACAACAACAACAACAGCAGCAGUCGUCCAGGAGUUUGUGGUGGAGAAGAUCAUCCACCGAAGGGUCUUCAAUGGAAGAGUAGAGUACUAUCUGAAGUGGAAAGGAUUCACUGAUGCUGACAACACCUGGGAACCAGAGGACAACUUGGUCUGUCCUGAACUGAUAGAAGAGUUCCUGAGAAACCUCUGUUUGUCUGGAGAGAAUCAGGUUGAGGAAGAGAACCUACGGCCGGUGGAACCAGAGCUCGUCCCCAAAGAGGAACUGGCAGAACAGGAGACUGAGAUUCAGGUGUACAGCGAGCAGAGACAUAAUGACCUCCAGGAACCUGCUGACCAGGAUUCUCCUACUGCCCUCACGUGUCCCCAGGAACCUGCUGACCAGGAUUCUCCUACUGCCCUCACGUGUCCCCUGGAACCUGAACACAUCAUCGGCUCCACAGACAGACACGGAGAACUCAUGUUCCUCAUCAAAUGGAAGAACCGUGACGAGGUGGCCCUGCUGUCAGCCAGGGAGGCCAGCGCCAGGUAUCCUGAGGUGGUUGUAGCCUUCUACGAGGACAAACUCACCUGGCACUCUGGGGACGAGGACCAGUAAAGGAUGUGUGUGUGUGUCGUAGAGUGUGUGUGUGCAUGUGAGUACACAAGUAGGGAUGUGAACUGACAAGCAUCUGUAGGCAUCUCAUAGGUUCAUUUCUCCUCCAGCGAACCAAGGUCCUCCUUGAGCUGACAUUAAAAGCACAGUGUGUGAAACGAUGUCCUGCUGCAGGUAGAUUGAGUCAUGGUGGCAGG